AUGUGCAUGUGCAGCACGACUGGGCGGAGUGGAUCUGACGGUUCAGUCCACGGGUGCUGGCACGGGGCGACACCGCAGCGGUGCACACGGAGAAGCAGAGAGACGGACGUCGCGCGGGCAGCGCGAACCGGAGAGGGCAGGCUGCCGACGACAUGCAGAGGAGCGGAGGAUGCUGGGCUGCAAGCGCGCCUCGACGACGACAACGACCAGGACGGCGACAAAAGCCACGACGACAGCCAACGCGGCAGCCAGGCGGGCGGCGGCUGUAGGGAGCGCGCCGGCAAACAGGAAGAGGAAGAGGAAGAGGAAGAGCAGGCGGGAGAAGAACAUGAAGAAGACGAAGGACAGGGAAGGUGA